GCUCGGGACCAUGCGGCGGGAGCUGCGCCGCGGAGCUCUGCUCGCCUGCUUCUCCCUGGGGACGCUGCUGGCCCUCGCCGAUGCCAAAGGUACCUUCUACCCCCCCGCCGCCCCCCUGCCCUACGGCGGCAGGUACAACCUCUACACGACUGGCUCCAGCCCGCAGCUCGGCAAACCCGUGGGCAAGCACAAGAGCUAUUGUGCCUAUGUGGUGCAGCGCAAUGUCACCUGUGUGCUGCAGGACGGCGCUGAGAGCUACGUCAAAGCUGAGUACCACAAGUGCAGCUGGGGCCCCAAGUGCCCGGGGAAAGUGCUGUACCGCACCUUUUUCAGACCCAGGUACAAGAUUGGCUACAAGACAGUGACUGAGCUGGCCUGGAGAUGCUGCCCAGGCUUCAUGGGAGAAGGCUGCCACGACAGCCCCACCGAUCAGCCUGUCCUGGUGCCCCAGCACCCCGGUCCCAAAAUGCCCCCUGGGCCGAAGAUGUUCCCACUCCCCAGAGUGCCUCCCCAUCCGAAAAGCCACCCUGACCUGUUUGCAGGACCAAAGAAGAAUCAAUAUGGCAGGAAGCUGCCUGGCCUGGUUGGGGACCGCCUGGAGAGGCUGGAAGAGGAGGUGCGGCGCCUGGCCCAGGCCUAUGACAGCCUGCACGUGCUGGUGAGUGGGCUGGGGGACCGCCUGCGCCUGGCCAUCCAGGAGGACACCACCAAGAUGAUCGGCUCACUGAUGAACAGUCCCGGCACACCUGACUCCUCCGUGGGCUUUGGCAUCAUUCCUGAUGGCCUGGUGGAUGUGGCAGACAAGGCUGAUGUCGCUUCGUAUCCACCUGUUGGGGAGAUCCUGACCAAAGUGGCGGAGGUGAGCGACGUGCUGAAAUCCAAGGCGGAUCUGCUCCAUGAGGUUCGUGGCAUGGUGCUGGAGCACGAUGGGCAGCUCAAGCACCUGCUGGAGGCAGCCCGGCCAUCACCCCUCACCUCCAUGGAGCUGCUGGAGGAGUACGUGGCUGCACGGCUGGGCAGCCUGCGUGGAGAGCUGCUCGACGGCUUUGAGAAGCAGCUGGGCAAGAUCCAGACUGCCUGUGACUUCCGCAUCCAGGAGGUGCAGCAGCAGUGCGAGCAGGAGAAAGCUGCCAACCUGCGGCUGCAGCAGACUCUGGAUGGAAAGGAGCUGGAGAUCAAGAAAGAGAUUUCCCAGCUGGAGACCCAGAUCCAAGGGCUAACAGUGGUGGAGAGCUGCUGUAGCAGCCUGGACUACCUCACUGACCGCAUGAACAUCCUGGAGAAGGGCCUGCACAGCAUCUCUGAGUCGCAGAAGAACUUGCACUCACGGAUGGAUGGAGAGAUCUCCACCAUCACCCUGGGGAACCUCUUCGAAGGGCGCUUUGAGGACCUAGAGGCCAGGCUGAACGCUACCGAGAGAGAAACGGGGAGCUGCUGCUCCAGCAUGGAGGAUAGCAUGAGAGGCACAGUGGUGGCGGAAGUGGAUGGCAUGAGAACGGCCUUCGAAGAUAAAAUGCAGACCCUGGAGGACAGGUUCAUGAGCAUCGUUGGGGAGCUGAACAAUGUCAGUGCUCCCAUGGGUAUGGAUGGGGUGGUGGUGCCCGUGCUGGAGGGGGAGCUCGCCAGCAUGAGGAAACGCACGGAUGAGAAGCUGGAGGUGCUGCAGAACCGUCUGGUCACGCUGGAGAGCACCUGUUUGUCGGGCUGCAGCUCUGCCUCCAAAGACGUGGAGACCUUCCGGACGGAGAUCGAGGACUGCCAGAACAAGAACCAGGACCUGCUGCUCCGCAUGGACAGCACCUCGGAGCUGCUGCGCAAGCUGAACGCCACCAUCCUGGAGAUCCAGCGGCGCAUUGAGGAGGAGGCGGCGGGGGCUCUGCAGGGGGAGAUCACCUUGUUGAAGAUCAACCUGAACACCGUCAGCAAAUCCCUGACGGGGCUCAAGGACUCCGUCUCGCAGUAUUCAGACACCGUGACGCAUGUCAACUCCUCGCUGGACGAGCACGAGCGGAAGAUCGAGGACGAGGUGCACUCUAUCCAGGAGAAAGUCAGCGACCACGGCUCCCAGCUUUUCUUCAGCAACCGCCGCGUGCUCAACCUGAAGGGCGACCUGGAGCGCCUGAAGGCGCGCAUUGCUGGUGAGCUCAGCUCCUGCCGCGGCGCUGCCCGCAGCCUGCAGCGUGAUGUCGCGCACUUCGACGAGCGCAUGGCAAGGGUGGAGGGAGCCUGCGGCCGGCUGGGGGCUGUGCUGGGGAGCCUGGAUGGAGUGAGGGGAGAGCUGGAGAAACAUGCGGGCGGCCUGUGGGACCGCAUGGACCGCCUCAAUGGGACGCUGGCUGCCCACUCUCAGGAAAUAACGGGGCUGAAGGACAACCUGCUCGACUGCCAAGCCAAGGUCUUGGAGCUGGCGGAGCAGCUCGGCCACCUGGAGGAGCGGGCGGGAGGGAAGCAUUAGCCCUGCCAAAGCGCGCUGCUUCCUCGCUUAACUUAUAUCACACAGACUCCAAUGUGACAACCUUUUUUUUUUUUUUUUAAUUUUUUUUUUUUAAUGAAAAGAUAAAUUAAAAGCUGCUACACCCUCUCCUU